AUGUCAGAGACAGCGAAAGUACCUCUCCCAGUGGGAGCCGGUUAUGGCGUCGUCGUCGGCAUCGGUUUCUUCUUCGCCUUCCUUAUGAUGGGAAUCUCAUACCUCCAAAACCGAUACACACGCUACUCGACCCAGUCAUCCGAGGAGUUCAACACAGCUUCCCGCUCCGUCAAACCCGGUCUAAUCGCCUCCGGCAUCGUCUCAGCAUGGACAUGGGCAGCCACGCUCCUCCAAUCCUCCACAGUCGCCUAUCAAUAUGGCGUCGCAGGGCCGUUCUGGUACGCCGCCGGUGCUACGGUACAGAUCCUCAUGUUCUCGAUCCUGGCAUGCAAAGUCAAGCAGAACGCACCGAGGUGUCACACGUACCUUGAGAUUAUCAAAGCGCGAUAUGGCACGUUUGCGCAUCUGGUGUUUAUGGUGUUUGCGAUGGUGACGAAUAUUCUGGUUGGCAGCCAGCUUUUGCUGGGUGGAAGUGCGGUUGUCACGAGCUUGACGGGUAUGCCGGUGUAUGCUGCCGUCUUCUUGAUUCCAGUUGGUGUGUGUGCCUAUGUCAUCCUCGGUGGUCUGCGAGCGACUUUCAUCUGCGAUUAUAGCCACACUUUGAUCCUGAUGAUCAUUAUCCUUUACUUCAUGUUCAACGCGUACGCCGUCAGUCCGCUGAUCGGCUCACCCGGCGAGAUGUACGAGUUGCUCAAGAAAGCUGGGGCUCAGCGCCCAGUCGCAGGAAACGAGGACGGUUCAUACGUGACCUUGAAGUCAAACUUUGGUUUGAUCUUUGGUGUUAUUCAGUUGUGCUCUGGAUCUGGAACUGUCUUUCUCGACCAGGCCUACUGGCAGCGCGCAAUCGCUUCGAAACCUUCGACUGCCGUACGCGCGUAUCUACUGGGAGGAAUCGCUUGGUUCGCUAUUCCAUUUGGCUUUUCGACAACGCUUGGUCUGGCGGCUGUGGCACUGACCGAUAACCCUCGAUUUCCGACAUACCCCGAGGUACCUACUUCUGGACAGAUAUCGUCUGGUCUGGCAGCUGCCUUUGCUGCGGAGACAUUGAUGGGCCAAGGAGGUGCCGUUGCGCUACUUGUGGUUCUCUUCAUGGCAGUCACGUCCUGUGCAUCUGCGGAACUCAUCGCUGUCUCCUCGCUACUGACCUUUGAUGUUUACAAGGCCUACAUAUCGCCUAAGGCGACACCAAAGCAGCUGGUGUUUGUUUCGCACAUCAUGAUUUGCGUCUUCGGAUUGACCAUGUCCGUAUUUGCGUGUAUUUGGAACGCGGCUUCGAUCGACCUGGGAUGGUUGUUCCUCGUCAUGGGUCUGCUCAUCGGCGGCGCUGUCUUCCCCACAGCGUUUUCCAUACUAUGGCGAAAGCAAACUAAAGUCGCCGCUAUAUCAGGUUGUCUGUCUGGCCUUGCCGCAGGUCUCACGGCGUGGCUCAGUACGGCGAAGAGUUACUAUGGCGAGAUCACGGUAGAAACGACCGGCAUGUCGUAUCCCACACUCGCCGGUAACCUAGCAGCCAUUAUGACCGGCCUCAUCGUAACAACAACAAUCACCCUGAUCAAACCCGACAACUUCGACUGGGAAAUCACCCGCGCCAUCAACGCCGUCGAGCUGGAUGGCAUAAACGACGACAACACCCCCAGAGAAAGCUCAACGCCCGAACUCUCUGACUCUGGCGAGAAGAAAAUUGCAACAGACGCUCCAACACAACCCGAAGCAGUCGUAGCAGCAUCCGAACUCCCACCUCAUCUCGCCCCGACACAAGAAGAGCCCGACGACCCAUCUACACUCCGCCGCGCUUUCAAACUAGCCUGCAUCUCCGCCUUCCUCCUAACCUUCAUCCUCGACUUCCUUCUUCCGAUGCCCAUGUUCUUCUCGCACUACAUCUUUUCCAAGGGCUUCUUUACGGCAUGGGUGGUGGUGAGCUUUAUUUGGGUGUUUGCUAGUAGCGCGAUUAGUUGUUUGCUGCCGAUUUGGGAGACGAGGGGCAGUUUUGGGACGCUGUUUAGGAAGAUGGGUGCGGAUUUUAGGGGGAAGAAAUGA